AUGGCUCCACAAAGCUCAGCGGUGGUUUGGGUGUCGCGACUGGUGAUAUUUACCAUCCUCUACAUCUUGCAAGGAUAUGUGCCGAUUGUCCCAUUUUUAGUUUCCAAGGGUGAGGUCGGCAUCAUUUUGAGCACCCAAGCUUGGGCCUCGGUGGCGGCUUUGCUACCUGCGGGCUUUGGCAUCGACAAGUACGGCGCACGAGCCGUUCUGCAGUUGGGUGUUUUCAUCUCCUUCGCUAGCAUCGCUCUGAUGGCCUUUGCGACCUUUCAAAUGCAGCUCCUGGCACGGAUUCUCCUUGGAGCCGCCACCUCGGUAAUUUUCAACUCAGCGAUGGCUUUGAUCAUGGAACACUUCAGUGAGCCCAAGAGGUCGGAGCAUUUGGGGUUGGCCGUUGGCUUGGGAUCUCUGGGCAACAUGGCUGGCCCACCCUGCAUGGGCGGUCUUUUUGACCUUGCACAAAACGAACAUCUUCCUGAGCCACAGUUCUGGGCAGCGGUCCCUCCAUUGCUGCUCUUCAUAGCAAUCUCCAAGAUGAUAGCAGAUAUUGGAUCCAAAGUUGAUCCUCUUCUAAAACCUAGGGAAAGUGGUAAAAGCUCGGAUUUAUUUGCGAAGGCCUGUGGUGGCCUAUACUUAUUUCGAACUGGCAGAGUGUUAGUCUUGACCUUCGAACUUCUCUGCAUUUUUGCCGCAAACAAUGCCUUCAUCACUGCUGGGGCCAUUGAACUCCAGCGGAAUGGUUUUUCGUCCUCAUGGAUCGGCAUGAUCACCAUGCCUGCGGGCCUCAUGCAGUGCUUACUGUCCCAAUGGGCAGGCCGCUUUGCAGGCUCCGCUCAGAAUCGUCAACAUCUACUGCUCUACACACCAGCGUUGCUGGGAAUCUUGCUGUUGAGCAUUGUGUUUGGAGUUUGGAUGCUGCAUAGCACCUUGUUAGUUCCCAUUUUGUCAACCUUGAUCAUUGCGAGCGCCGCUUUGGGUGCUGUGGAUGCUCCAGCAAUGUCAAUGAUGGCCGAUUUGGCGAAGGCUCAAAACUUGGGCUAUGGACAAGCUUUGACUGCCUCGGAGAUGGCCAUCAAUGCAGGCCUCGCCAUUGGCCCUUCCUUGGCAACGCUGGCCUUGGCAGCGGAUUGGCAUUACCUGCAAAUCUCUUUGGCAUUUGCCGUCUGGGCAUUGCUUGCGACGUUCUUCAGUGCUUAUGCGCUUCGAAACGUGGAGGCACACUCCGAUGCCUGA